UCCUCUUUGGUGGGGUGCCUCGAGCAGAAACAUUCCUGUCCACUGAUAUCAUGCAAAAAGUCCAUGAAAUGGCCCACUGUAUCUUUAAAGAAGAAAGGGCUCGAAUAAACCCUUCUGCUGUGGCACUCCUGGAUGCACUAGCAAUCUCAGAAGUCAACAGCCUUAGAACAUUAGGAAAAGAAGUUAUUGCACACAGUCUGAGUGUAAUAGAGGAUUUAUUGAAAAAAGUCAAAAUGGAUGACGAUGAAACAGGCUAUAUUGCAAGAUGUCUUAUGGAUGUUGAUACAUUAACAUGGGUACAGGUCUAUGGUGGAUCAACUCUGUCUGAACGCACAAUAGAUAUGCAUCUUAUUGGACCAUGUGCGAGAACACCAGGAAGCAUGUUUAUCUAUGGAGAAAAUCACUCCAACGCAGACUGUGAAGAAAAAAGGUCCCAUUCAGAUGGUGCACGCUCUGGGAAACCAUGUGAUUUCAUAUUUAUGAACCGCAGCCGAGAAGGUGGCGUAGGUGAGAACACAGGACCAAAGUUCCGCGAUCAUCAUGACAAGGCAAAAACCAAUUUCAUGGACAUCAUAAAAGUGGCUCGUGCACAGCACAUCCAGCUCCAGACUGAACUCGUUCAACAAAGUGGCUUCAACCCCCUGCCCCCAAUCCUCAUCAAUGGGGACAUUUUCGCGUUUUGGAGUGGGCCUCUGAGGAUCUUCCUGAGUCCAAUGCUGAUGUAG